CGCUCAAGUCGAAUGGACUAGAUGAAUCUCCAGAAUGUGGCGGACCAACUCUUUUUCCCUAUUUCCACUGAUUCUGGCGGCGCUGACGAUCGGCACAGCCCACAGUCUGAUCUGUACACGCCGCCCGGCGAACACGGCCACGCCCAAGUCGCCAGUGGACGAGAACUAUGUGAUAAGCGUGACAGGCAAUCCGGAAACAUAUAUUCUCGGACAGGAGUACAACGUUUCGCUGAAUGCAUUCAACGGACAUCGCUACAUCAGCUUCAUUCUGGCGCUGGAGAACGAGAACGGGGACUUCAACUAUGCGGAUGAUCUCGGCCGCUUUGAGCUGAGCGACAUGACCGAGUCGCGCUUCAGCCCCAACUGCAUUAAUAUGGUGGAGAACACCAACACCAAUCCAAAGACACACAUGCACCUGACCUGGGUGGCGCCCAGCGAGCCCGGCAGCGGCUGCAUCCUGAUGCGGGCCACGGUCCUGCAGCAUCGCGACGUUUGGCACAUGGAUGACGGUGGACUGACUCGACGCAUUUGCGAGGAGGUCGUCGACGAUGUGGAGAGCCAGCCAACGGCUCCAUUGCUGGAUGUACCCUCCUGCUGUGCCUGCGAUGAGGCGCGCUAUGAGCUGACAUUUGAGGGCGUCUGGUCGCGCAACUUGCACCCACGGGACUUCCCGGCUCGAGGCUGGGAAACGCGUUUCUGUGAGCUUUUGGGCGCUGCCCACAGCGCCGAUUAUCGCUUCUGGGAGUCCGGAUCGCUGGCGAGCGAGGGACUCAAGCAAUAUGCGGAGCACUGCAGCUCGCGGCUGCUUGAGCGGGAAUUCAGCAUCAACUUUCGGGAUCAAAAGAUCCGCACCAUUAUCAAGGCACGCGGCCCGGCGUUCCCCAACAUGAGCAGCAAGUCCAUGGCCUCGGUGCGAGUGGAUCCAUUGCACCACAUGGUGUCGUUUGCCUCCAAGAUAGAGCCAUCGCCCGACUGGAUUGUGGGCGUCAGUGGACUGGAGCUGUGUCUGCGGAACUGCACGUGGCUGGAGGGGAAAGUCAUCAAUUUGUAUCCCUGGGACGUCGGCACGGAUGCGGGGCCCAGCUACACGUCUCCGGACCAGCCGCAAGUACCGCCAGAUGUCAUCAGGCGGAUGCGUUCCGACUUCCCAAACGAUCCGCGCUCGCCCUUCUACGACGAUUCGGGGGCGCCCAUGAAGCCCAUGGCAGUCCUGACGGUGCGACGCCAACGUAUCUACGAGCGACGGUGUGCGGAUGAAGACUCCAACAAUGCAGCAGAAGUACCCCGCGAGUGCCUCACACAUCCCUGGUCAAGCUGGAGCGACUGCUCAUCCAAAUGCGGCGAUGGCAUGCAGUACAGGCGACGCGUCUACAAGCAGCCUGAGCUGGCGAGGAUCUACAACUGCAACGUGCCGCAGUAUGAUGAACGCGAGUGCCAGGGCCAGAUAUGCGGUGCACACACUCUCAUGGGCAAUGUGGGAGACUUUGGUGAUCUAGACCCUGGAAUGGGAAUGGGCUUUGGCAUGGGCGGAAACACGCGUCAAUCGCCUGAGCAACGUGGUGCCGAGUGUCAACUGAGCCGCUGGAGCAGCUGGAGUCCAUGCAGCGUAACCUGCGGAGAGGGCUACGAAAUGAGGCAGCGGCAGUACCUCAAUCCGGGAGCCGAGCCAAAGUGCCAGGGUGUCCAUCGAAUGGAGCUGCAGGAGACGCGCAAAUGUGAGGGCAGAGCUUGCCUCGGUAAUCUGCCAGCAUCGAUUAGUGGCGACAUGGACAUGGGUAUGUCCCCUUACGGGGAGCCCAUGGGUGGCCGUGGCGGCGGAGGCAUGUAUGGCCCAAUUGAUGAGGCUCCAAUUGAUCGGAAUAGAGCGGAAUUCGGCUUUGCGGUUGGCAACCUCAAGGGCCACAAUCCCAUCUGGGGCGACAAUACACAGAAAUCGGAUGCUGCGUGGCUGCCAGAACGACAGCCAACUCUGAUCCAAGCGCCUCCAUCCUACAAGCAGCCAAGGAUUCAAAGUAAUUACAAUGCGGCCGGCGGCUAUGAACAGAGAACGGAAGCACCUUCAAUCUGGUCACGCCAACGUCCCAGCGACAUCUACCAGCCUUCGCGCUUAGAGGAUGUAGAGCGGGCGCCAUGGCAGCGACUGGACCCCGGAAACACCAACAGCAGAGAGUUUCUUACCUCGGAUACGGAUAUUCCCAGUGGUGGUAUAGAGCAGGAAGGAUGGCCACGACCCAACAGCUACCAGAACGGCGACACUGAUCCCGUCAUGUCGACUCGCUGCUUUCAAAUGCUGCACACCGUUCAGCCGCGCUGCCAAAAUCAAACGAUUACGGGACAGUUCUGGUUCUAUAACUUCUGUGCCGACGAAUGCAUGCUGUAUGCAACAGAUCCAUGCGAUCGCAAUUUGAACAAAUUCAGCAGGUGGGAGGAGUGCCAGAGAUGCCGCGAGCCCGAGCUGGCUCCUCUGCAGCAGCACCGCUCGAAUUCGCCGGAAUGCCAGGCCCUGAGAACCGCAUGGUAUGCUCAGGAGAGGGCGCGGGAAGAGCAACGAGCGUCGAACAGAAGACGCAACUACGGUGGCCAUCGGCAACGCGGUAGAAAUUAAGUAAAUAUAAUAAUUAACAUCUAGUUAAUACUUACAU